AUGGAGGAAGGCGCCCAGGCCCCAGACUCGGACAGCGAUGAAACCGUGAUAGAGGGGUCGGUAAUAGAGAACGACCUGGAAGAAGAGGAGCUGCCCUGGAGAAGGUUGCGCUUUGAUGAAGACACAUCUCUUAGAUCUGCAUUCAGUCUGCAUCCUGAUAUAAGUGGGAUAUGCAAAGGCGCGCCUUCUCCUGAGAUUCAGUUUGGGUUCAAACUCAGAGAGAAUCUACAAGAGCAAAUGAAUAAAAAUAAGAUGAUGUGCGUUCUUAGUAAGGAUACAAUAUUACAGCAACCUAAAGAUGAAACAGAACAAAAUAAAGCCCUGUUACAGACUAGAAAGAAUUAUCCAAUGUUCACUGUGUCAUUUCCCCAGGCUGGAAUUUCACUGGACCACCAAAACAUUGGAGGGCCUGAGGCUGAAAAUCCUGAAGUUUUGUCACACCUAGAAAAGGACCUAAGUGAAGAUAGAGAUUCCGUUGAAGUUAGCCUCCUUUCAGGUACUGCUGUUACGGUACCUGAGGUGGUUGCUAUAAAGGAGAAAUCACGAAUAGCACCAGAGAAGGUCUUACCAGCACCAAGUACAUUUUCUGAGACUGGAAAGGAAGUCACAUUGACCAUGACUUCUGAAGAAACUAAGGAUGAAGAAAGCUCUCUUGAAACUUUUGUGUCUACCAUAGAAAGGUUAUUGACAUCACCAGAAAGCACCCAGGAGGAAAGAUUGUUUGAAAUAAUCAAUGAUUUUGAUGAUAAAGAGUUGAUGAACCCAUUGAGUGGCUCUCCGAGUUCCAUAUCAAUACCUUUGAAUGCCUUGUCAGCAUGUCAUAGAGAAUUACUAGAAAAUACAAAGGAUGAUGCAUUGCCAGCUGAAUUAUUGGCAGCCCUGAACACACUGUCAGAAGCCACAAUGAAACCCAUCUGUCAUGGAAAAGAGGGAGGCAGCAUUAUCAAUGCUGGCAAUGAAUGUUUGGAAGUGGGGUUCAAUAUGUCUCGGACCAAUGAAGAUGAUAAACAAAUAGCAAAGACCCUAGAAGACCCAGAUUCAUUUGGAUUGCAAACUUUGGCUCAUCAAAAUGUCACAUCUUGUGAACCACUAAAUAAUAAGGGAAAUUCAAAUUUAGUGGAAAAUAGCUCUGACCAGAAAACUACAUGUGUGUUAAGGAGAUCAUCCAGACUGGGAAAACUGAAAGUAAGCCGAGAUGCAAAGAACACAGAUGACAUGUGUAAGAUGCCAGAAAAGAUUUUGCCAAAAAUCCUUAGCUGUGAGAAUCUAACAAAUAGUAGCUCUUCAACUGCGAAUUUCAGAAUGCAGGAUCCUGCUUUAAUGAUUGAAGCUAAAGGGAAGAAUAUGCAUUCAUCCAGAUUCAAGAGUGGGGAACAGGUCAGGAAAAAUAAAAAACUUACAGGAAAAAAUGAAAAAAUGAAGAUGAAUAAAUUAUCUCUUUCUAGCAUUAAUCGGAGAAACGUUUUUGGAGAAAACUUACUAUAUAAGGCUGCUCUGCAUGAUGAUGUUGAUCUUGUUCGUCAUUGUAUAAAAAAAGGUGGAAAUGUUAAUCAGCCAAGUUAUGCAGGUUGGACAGCACUUCAUGAAGCUAGUGUAGGAGGAUUUUAUCAGACAGCAAGUGAACUGUUAAAAGGUGGAGCAGAUGUAAAUAUCAAAGGAAGGUACCAGAUUACUCCCUUACAUGAUGCUGUGAUAAAUGGACAUUAUAAGGUGACAGAGUUACUUCUUUUGAAUGGAGCUGAUCCAUUAUUUAGAAGUGACAAUGGACGGUGUGCUUUGGAUGAGGCCAAGGAUUCAUGUAUGAAGCGUCUCCUUGAGAGAUAUGUUCCUAAACAUCAAAAAUGUCUUACAUCAGCUCAGAGGAAUAGUACUAACCCAUUAGACGUAGAAGAUGUACACCAGCACAAGAAACCAAAAUUCAGUUCUAAAACUCCCAUUUGGUUUGUUUGUAAUGAAAAUUCCAACGGACAGAAGCCAGAACAUGUAAAAGUCAAUGAAGGAAACAAAGAGGGUUUAUUUAUAAAUAAAGAAGAUGUAUAUGAACAUUACCAGAAAGAUUCCAAAAACACAAAAUUUUGUAAAUCCAAGCAUAAACAAUCAUCUGUUAACCAAAUAUACUCUACGAGACUCAGAAAAGGCAAUCUCCAUAACAUCAAAGAUCCCAGCACAAAGUUGUCUAAAGGUAAAGGAAGAAGAAACACGCAACAUAAAAUGACUCAAGUAGAUGAUAGAGACAGCAAUCCAAGAAAAGCACUAGCUGUUUCUUCUUCCAGAAUAAACAGAUUGGUUACUCAUCAACAGCAUAUUCUGCAAACCAUUGAUGACCUUCCAGAAGAGGCAUGUGAACAUUCCAGCCCAACUCUGUCAAGCCUGAAAAAUGAAUUAGAUAACAAUAUUGAGGCUUGUUCAAUUUCCAAAGAGAAACAUAUCCAGAACAUGGAUUUAUCAGAUAGUCAAGAAGCACCGUUCUUGGAAUUAGAAUCUGUUGAUCAAACUGAAGCUGUUUCUCCCUCAGGACUGUCAUUACAUAAAGAAAUUAAGUUACCACUUGUUACUACAGAUCAGCAACCUCAUACUCUCCAAGAACAACACAGUAGCCCUUAUAAAUCUCAUGAAAACAGCAACUCAGUUGAAAAAAACGAGAAUCUUAUUAAUAAAUGGGAAAAUUCUUUCCUAUCUUUUAUAAAGGGAAGUCUUGAUGAAGAUGAUGAUAGUGAUUGCUCUAUCUCUGAGAAGCCUGUAACAUUUGAAAAGGUGAUAUGUUCCACAAAUUACAAUGACAAAGAGAAUAUAACAAAUAGAGAAGAAAUGGCUUUUCAACAAUUUUCACCUUCUGAAGGCCAUUUUUCACAGGAAAAUGAGUUAAAAGCAGGCAGCCUAACCACACUUCCACAACAGGAAGCUGUUAAUUUUUCUGAUUCAGAUAAUGCAGUCAUUUCUGAACAACAUGUUACAAAUUUUGAACAAUGCAUAUGUGGAACUUCUUUUGAUCACUCAAACAGCAAUCCUAAGCAAACUUCCCUGGCUUGUAUGAGAACACUUUCAACACCUGAGGUUUCAAAGUUGACUAGUCAUGUGGACCUAUUCAAAAAGCCUCAGGAUUAUAGCCCCAGAGCACCAACUCCUUUAAUGAAUCAAACAGAUAUACAUAUUGUGGAAAAGGUGACAAAGAAACAAGACACUAAAAGGAAUUACAUUGACAAAGGCCAGAAAACAAGUUCUUUAAAUGGGCCUUUAUCCACAGUUGCUGAUUCUCAAGUAACAGAAACAACUGAAGUUGAAAAAAGAAGACAAAAUCUUCCAGAGAACAGGACCAUACAUAAUAUAGAUUUUCAUUCUACUGACAAUGUGAAUAAAGAAUUGACCAACGUCAUACAACUUGGUCAAAGAGAAGAGAAGGAAACUUCUCACCAACCAGUUGAGGAAUUAACUAAUAAUAUCAAUGGAGAUGAAAGUACUACAAGAAAUUGUAAGGAGAAAAAAAAAACUAAGUCAGAAAUUCACAUACCUACUAAUCCCCAAGAACACAAAAAAGUUUGGAAUUUCAGAAAAAGACAAAGUUUCUUGAAAGCUACCAACAACCAAGGAAUGAAAACAGCGGGGAUCAAUAAGAGGAAUGCCAGAGGGGAAAGCCGGCUUCAUUUGGCUGCCAGAAGAGGAAAUUUGUCUAUGGUGAAAGCUCUAAUAGAGUCUGGAGCAGAUGUGAAUCUAAAAGAUAAUGCAGGUUGGACACCACUUCAUGAGGCAGCUAAUGAGGGAUCUGCUGCUAUAAUUGUAGAGUUAUUGAAAGCUGGUGCUAAUGUUAAUAGUGAAAAUCUAGAUGGAAUUCUGCCCUUACAUGACGCUGUUGCAAACGAUCAUUUAAAGGUAGCUGAGAUUCUACUACAAAAUGGAGCAAACCCUAAUCAAAAAGAUCAUAAACAGAAGACUGCUUUGGAUGAAGCAGAUGAUGAAAAAAUGAAAGAGUUGUUAAAAUCUUAUGGUGCUAUUGAGACCAAUAAUAGAGAAGAAAGUAAUGUUAUAAUCAAUGUAAAAAUUCCUACUGCCCAGUUAAAAAGGCAUAAACAGUGUUUUUGUGAUGCUGGAAAAACUGCUGAUCCACCUUCCUUUUCACACCAAGGAGAAACAAGAGAAAACCUUCCUGUGCAUCAGACGCUCAGUGCCAUUCUGCAAGAUAUAGAAGAAAAACAAGAAAAUUUAUUAGCAUUUGAAAUAAGAAACCCUGAAGAUGCAGAAGAGUACAUUGAAAAAAUGUUGAAGAUAAAAGAGACUAUGGAUAAUGUGCUUGCCAAACAGAAAGGAGAAAGGGAUGAUCUGGCUAAAAAAUACAGGGUAUCCAUAGAGUCAUUUAAGCAUGGAGCCCUGAGAGAACAACUGGCCAACCUGGCCACAAGACAGAAGAGCCUUUUAGUUGCAGCAAAAAAACAGAAAGAAAUAAGCCUGAAAAUUCAAAACUAUAAGAAUGUUACAUCAUUAUCUGAUCUUGGUUUAAGGAAGCUGCCACCUAGCUCAGAAACCUCUAGUGAAAAAGACAGCCAAGAGCGUAACAGCCUGGAAAAUUCAGUGCAACCCCAAUCAGGUUCCCUUUCUCCUGUCAGCUUUGUUUGUAGAAGCAAGAAGGAAACACAAUUGUCUAUAGAAACUUACAAUUAUAGCCACAAUACCAACAUUUGUCUAAAUUCAGAGACAGUAAGAAGGGAAGAAUUUUCUGGAAAUGAGAUAAAUUCUAAACAAAAUGUCAAUGAUUGUACCUUGGAUGGGUUAUCAAAAUCCAGACGUUCAGGUGGCGCUGAGAUUAAAUUACCAUCCCAACCUGUUGCUUUUAUUCCUGAAACAGAAUAUUCACAAAAAGAAAAUGAUCUUACAGAAACUACAGCCGAAAGGCAUGAAUUCUAUAGUUCUUCUUCAGUAACUGGCACAUUAAAUAUUUCAGAAACCACGAGUGUACUUGCCCAGAAUGAUGCCUAUCCAUCAGCUGUUAUUUGUGAUCAGGACCUUUCCAAUGAUCCAAAAAGAAGAAACAGGAAAACAGCUUCCCAGCAACCACCUUGGGGGGCAUCACAAUCCCUGGCACAUCAAGGGAUUGCUGUUUCAGGCAGUGAUACCGGGCAUGAGAUGAAAGCAUGUCUUAAAAAAUUAGCUUCUACUGUUCCACAUGUAAAUGACAGCCAGAACUACUCUUCCUCUGGGUCUGGGCAUCCACAUACUAUAAAAAAGCCUUUAAACUACAGUACAGCUCCUAAAAAGAAAUGUACACAGAUAAAAGAUUUGAUAUUACUGGGAAGAAUUAAUCCAGGAAAGAACAUUCUGGAAUUCAGAACACAGGAUACUACGUACAAAGCCAGUAUUUUAUUGAGUGGUAAAAUCAAGGCAGAAAAUGGUCAGAUUUAUCAAAACCCAGUUACUUGGCUCAAGGAUCUUCUGGGAGGUGACAGUUAUGUGACCUGGAAUUAUGCUUGGAGUAAGGUAACAUAUCUUGGGAAGGAGCUAUUAAAGUAUGUUUCUGAGGAAGUACCCAUACUUCCAGAACCAAACUUGGUAUCUCAGCAACAUCAAACUUGUCUUCCAGAAGUGCCUUGUUUAGAUGACCCGGUACAGGAACCGAGCAAAUUGGUGUUUGAGAAAACGAAAUUUGGACAAGGAACUUCCAGAGAAUCAAUGCAAACCAUCCCACAGUAUCUACAAAUAAAUGAAAUACUGUUAAUCAGCGAUCAAGAAUUUCUCCCAUGCCAAAUAAUGGAUCAGCAUUGGAAGUUCUAUGUGGAAUGUGAAGAACUAUCAUUCUAA